AUGAUCCAACAGGACGAUUAUUCACCCUACAAUCAAAUCGUUCGAGACAGCAGUAACCACCAACACGAAAUGACGAGUGCGUUUGUGGCAAGAACCACCAGCAACCGAAAUGACAACCACGCAGCAAAUGAUACUUGGAAACGCAACGUUGGCCAAACCACCGCCAGUCCUUUAGGAGUGGACGAUGAUCGUGUAUGGAAGCGCCAGCGUUGUGGCUACCAUGAAGGCGAGGCUUUCAAUGACGGAGCGAUCAUGAAUCGUCAUCAUCAUCAGCAGGAGAAGUAUGAUAGCUUUGAUGGUAUGGACGACGCCACAAUGGGGAAUGCCACAGCAGAAGCUGCUAACAAUGCCAAUACCAAUACCAAUGACAAGCGCAAAGAACCCAGCAAUGGCAUCUGCUUCAUGAUGGCACCGAAGCAAUCCUCUACUACUAUCAGCGAGGACAUGGCAAUUGAUGAUGAACUCGAUGCCAUCAAUCCACAAGACUAUUUCGAAGACAAGUGGCACUGA